CAACAUGAGUCUGACUUCGCUGCAGUCGGCGGCGCAGCUCAGUGUGCAGCCUCGCCGCAGCAUCGGAGCGCACAUCCGCGGAGCCUGCCGACGCAAUCACUGGUGUUUUAUCUUCGGGAAAUGUAGCAGGGUCGGAGCGACAGACGUCCCCUGACUCCGUGUGAAGGAGAAGUGACUGAUUCCUCCUGCAGCUGCCGUGAGAUGGUUUGCGUCGGCCAUGGCAAGGGCUCUGUUUCCGUGGGGGUUCGUCAGAAAGCCUCCGUACAUCCAGGCCAGAUUCUCCUACCUUCACAUGAGGUACCUGUUCUUCUCCUGGCUGACGCUCUUCGUGGGCAGCUGGAUCGUGUAUGUGAAGUACUCAUCCUACACAGAGCUGUGUCGAGGACACGACUGCAAAAAUUCAAUAUGUGACAAAUAUAAAAAAGGAGUCAUUGAUGGCUCUGCCUGCAGCAGCCUGUGUGAGAAGGACACACUUUAUCUAGGGAAGUGUUUCACUGCCAAGCCAAACAGCCAGGUUUACUCAGGGAGCUGGGGAGACCUGGAGGGAGUCAUUAAAUGCCAGAUGGAGGUGGCUCCUCAUUACGAUUUAGGAAAUGAGAUGGAGCCCAGGAAGGAAGCUGCGGCCUUCGACAAGCCCACCAAGGGCACCUCAGUGGAAAUGUUCAGGGAGAUGAUUCUCGAUCACCUUAAGGCUAAACUCGGGGCUCAGGCCAACCUCGCAGACCUGACAACCCAAGUGUUGUCAGUUGCCGAUGCCAACAAGGACGGUCACAUCUCUCUGCCCGAGGCUCGCUCCACGUGGGCUCUGCUUCAGCUCAAUGAGUUCCUGUUAGCUUUAGUCCUACGAGACAGAGAGCACAUGCCCAAGCUGCUGGGCUUCUGCGGAGACCUGUACGUGAUGGAGAAGGUGCCACACUUUCCCAUGUAUGGCAUCAGUCUACCCUGGAUUAUGGAAGUGUGGAUUCCUACAGGUCUGCGUCGCAGCAUGGACCAGUGGUUCACUCCCUCCUGGCCGCACAAGGCCAAGAUCUCCAUCGGACUACUGGAACUGGUCGAGGAUGUUUUCCACGGCAACUUUGGCAGUUUCCUCAUGUGUGACGUGAGCGCCAACAGUUUCGGCUACAACGACCGCCACGACCUGAAGGUGAUUGAUGCGUGGUACAUUGUUCCUGAAGCCAUCUUCCAAGAAGGCAUUAGGCAACAGCACUGCAACGUGGACGAGGACUGUCUCUACGGGGUUGACUGCCUCACUUCGUGUGACCUCACCAAGCACCGCUGCACACCAGAGGUGACCAGGCCAAACUUGGCCAAAGCCUGUGAAGCAAUCAAGGACUACGUUCUGCGGGGGGUGCCAUAUGACAUGCGUGCAGAGCUUGAGAAGCAACUGUAUGCCUGCAUUGCACUGAAAGGUUCAACAGAACAGAUGGAAAUCGAACACUCACUGAUAUUGAACAAUCUUAAGACUCUGUUAUGGAAGAAAAUCUCUCACACGAAAGACUCAUAACAGAUAAGCACUUACCACGGGUACCAAGACCGAAUCCUGUCCUUGCAUUAAUAAAAAAAACAAAAAAACA